UGCGGACAGGUGUGUUGCGGACAGGUGUGUUGCGGACAGGUGUGUUGCGGACAGGUGUGUUGCGGACAGGUGUGUUGCGGACAGGUGUGUUGCGGACAGGUGUGUUGCGGACAGUGACCAAACGUUCGAACAGGAUGACCACAUCACUGCUUGUAGCCGCCUUGCUGUGCCUCAGCUCUGUAUCCGUCCGCGGGCUGACCAAUGCGGAGAAGGAUGCGCUGCUAGCCGGCGCAGUAGGACUGGGGAACCUCGAUAUCGUGCUGGAUCCGGACAACGGCGAGUAUCUGAUCGUCAGCAGCCACGGGAUGCCGAACCACACGCUGGGGCCGUGGGGCGACGGGAACCCCGAUAUGCCGACGCCGGCGUAUCAGGACCACAACUUCAAGAUCCCGAAGAACCCGACAGUACAGGCAGAGUCGACAUGUACGCCUAUGGGCACUAUCG